UUAACACCAAAAACGGAAACCUUGAUUCUUCAAAUUCUAUACAAACAUUACCUCCCCCGCCCCACUUUCCUCCUUCAUGGAAACCAAAACUGAUUGUUUCUGGGUUUUGUUUCUUGCUUCCAAAUGCAAAACUUUCUCUUCCUCAAACACCAUUUUGCUUCUUCUUUCCCUUUGCAUGGCUUGGUUGGCCAUGGCCCUCUGGUUCUGGUUCUACCCUGGAGGCCCUGCUUGGGGUAAGUAUUACAGGCGGCGCCAAAAAGGAACCACAAAAACCAUUAUUCCAGGGCCACGAGGGUUCCCGGUUCUCGGAAGCAUGGACCUCAUGAUAAACCUGGCUCACCGCAAGCUUUGUUCUGCAGCCAUAUAUUUUAGUGCCAAGCGACUCAUGGCCUUUAGCUUGGGUGAUACACGGGUUAUCAUUACAUGCAACCCUGAUGUGGCCAAAGAGAUACUCAACAGUUCUGUUUUUGCUGACCGUCCAAUGAAACAAUCAGCAUACAGUCUAAUGUUCAACAGAGCCAUCGGUUUCGCUCCUUACGGUGUUUACUGGCGAACCCUAAGAAGAAUUGCAGCGACGCAUCUUUUUUCGCCUAAACAAAUCACCUCCACCGCCUCACAGAGGCUUGAUAUCGCCUCCCAAAUGGUGUCCAUGAUAGCAAGUCGCGGUGGGGAGUUCACUGUACGUGAUAUACUAAAGAAAGCGUCCCUUAAUAACAUGAUGCGCUCGGUGUUUGGGUGUAAUUAUCAACUGAGUUCGUCAAAUUGUGAAACCGAAGAACUGAGCCGGCUCGUUGAAGAAGGUUACGAGUUACUAGGGAAGCUCAAUUGGUCUGAUCAUCUCCCAUGGCUUGGUGGCUUGGACCUUCAAAAAAUCCGGCAUCGAUGCUCGGGGCUUGUUCCCAAAGUGAACAAGUUGGUGAAAGGAAUCAUUGAAGAACAUAAGCUCAAAAGCGGGGAAAGAAACCAUGAUUUCGUGGACGUUUUACUUUCUCUGAGUGGACCGGAUAGGCUCUCCGACAACGAUAUGAUUGCCGUUCUUUGGGAGAUGAUAUUUAGAGGGACCGAUACGGUGGCUGUUUUAAUGGAGUGGAUACUAGCAAGAAUGGUACUCCACCCUGAAGUUCAAUCAAAGGUACAGGGUGAGCUUGAUGAAAUCGUCGGAAAAUCAGGGCCGUUGACGGAACCAGACGUUCAAUCAAUGGUUUACCUACAGGCUGUGGUGAAGGAAGUUCUGAGGUUGCACCCACCUGGUCCACUUCUAUCAUGGGCCCGUUUGUCAAUCAUGGACACAACCGUUGAUGGACAUCACGUGCCAGCUGGGACCACAGCCAUGGUUAACAUGUGGGCCAUAACAAGGGACCCAGAUGUUUGGGUGGACCCACUCAAGUUCAUGCCUGAGAGAUUCGUGUCCAAGGACAGUGGUGACGUGGAAGUAGUGUCAGUGUUGGGGUCUGACCUCAGGCUGGCGCCAUUCGGCUCAGGCCGUAGGGCUUGCCCUGGAAAGACUCUGGGUCUGGCAACCGUGACCUUUUGGGUGGCCUCUUUGUUGCAUCAGUACGUGUGGGUGCAAUCAGAUGAGAACCCUGUCGUUGAUCUCUCUGAAAUGCUUAGGCUCUCAUGCGAAAUGGCUAACCCACUUAAGGUCAAAGUGCACCCAAGGCUCAGAUAAAAAAGAGCAGGACCAAAUCAAUAAGUGAAGAGAUAAUCAUAAUAUGGUCGAGAUAAAAAUGUAAAUUUAGCCAGCUUGUGGUCUCUAAUCUCUAUCUAUUAAUCUUAAUAUUGCUCUUUUUUUUUUCUUUUUAUCUUUGACCAACACAUAGCUGUUAUAUGAAUGAUCUAGCAAUAAGCUAGAGAUAGCAGCAAUGUUUAAAUUGUAGUAACUAUUUUGUUUAAAUGGUAGACUUGAAAUAUAUAUAUUUUGCUUA